GAGGCUAGUUUACCUUAAUGUUCUUGCCAAUUCAUGAUCAGCAGUAGGGUCCUAUUCGUUAGACACUUAUUCCCUGAUCCGCUCCCGAAUGUUUCGCAAAGUGCCAAGCAUGUACGUGUAGUACUGUUCCUCUUACGCGAGCUUACGUUACCUUCGAGGCGGUCAAGGACGCCGUGAACUCCGAACCUAUCCCAGAGAGGCGCUGUGCUUGUUUCCCACGGGGUUAGUAACAAUAAUAGUGAACACGUCAGUCCCAAUGGAAAAGCCAUGUCCAUCUCACUCCAACAGUAACAACACCAACACAAUCAACACGUUAAACACGCCAUGUUGAUUUAGACAAAGUAAACGGGCGAACAAUGACAACCCGCCGCCCAUAGCGACUCACAACUGCGUGUUAGUCGGAUCAACUAUCAAAUGCCUUUACGCUAUACUGUAUGUGCAAAAUACACUGUAUUGUGCCGCUAGCAGGUGUUAGCACAUGUUCACAUAGCAUAUCCUCCGGACAUUUUGUUAAACUUUUAAAAACUGUUAGUCAAAGUUGGAGACAAGAGUUAAGCUUUGAGCAGAAAUAUCACGAACGGAGGACGUAGAACGACUUCGUCCAAGUUUUCGAGCUGCUCAAGUUUUGACUAUGAUCCGAGCGAUGGGAUUACUCUAAAAAAAGAUGGCUUCAGAAGAAGACUUACAGGAAGACAAGGCAAGGAAAGGUGUGCUCCAGGAAUCCCAGGUGGCUGCAGAGAUGCUGACAAGACGUCUACAAGAAGAAGAGGACAGAUGGAAGGAAAAAACUUUCGCACACUGUUGUCACUUGCACAGGUUACAACAUGAAAACUUCAGAAAGCAGGGCACGGUGGCCAGGGGAGUCUCCGUGGAAAAACCUGGGCCUUUUCCAGCUUACAUCGAAGUGUUGCAUGCUGCAUCCAGCAGUGCAGUCACACCAACGGUCCGAUUCCGUAUCACCAGAGAACUACGUACUGCAAACCUGUUAGACUUUGCACAGUACGUGUACUCCUCUUACCUUGGCACUGACUUGGCCUCUCUCAGUCUUUCUUCCAAAAAGCUGAACAAAGUUUUCAACACAAAGACUAAGCAUGUGUUGAUGGGGGAAGCUUUGAAGGACUUUACCACCAUUGGAGGGAGUCAUCACCCAGUCUUUCAUAUGAGCGUUGAUGGGAAAGAGAAAACUCAGCAGCAAACAGCACAUGUACAGUCUAAAGGCUUAAAGAUGUCCCAAAAGGAAGCAUUGUGUGUUGAGGGUGAUAUCCAGCGUAUCAAUGGGAACCUUCCUCAAGCCGUGUCGUGCUACUGUAGGGCAUAUGAAGAGGAUCCGCUGUACGUCAUUGAUCACCUCAAGUCGCUGCCGCAGGAGUCUCUGGAAAACGUGGUGGAGCUGGUAGACUUCUGGGGGCGAAGUUCGGCAGAAGCAGCAGAGCAGAGGGAAGAGUACGGCAUCUUGCUCACCCCUGAACAGCUGACAUCCUUCAUUUUGGCAUGUCCUGCUAGCUUGAUCGGGUCUUCGAGCUGUGCCCGGAUAUCCCAACUUUUCAAAGAGAAGAAGUACCAAGAAGUGAUGGAGAGGUGCUCGGCUAUGCUGGAGCACCAACCAACCAAACCUGUCCGCCUGUAUCUAGACCGCGGUCUAGCUGCUCUGCUGGCAAGGAAACGGGAAAGAGUCGUGGCAGCAGACUUUAUAAAGGCUUGUCAAGAGGAUGAGAAUGAGUUGAAGGAGUACAUGCUAGCCCAGAAACAGCAUUUACCUCGGGUCUUGAAGGUCUUACAUCGUUGUGCGAGCUUGGAUCAACCAAAGAGAGCCACUAGCACUGAAGACAUCAACAAAUGGCAGUCUUUCGUAAUAGAUUGUGGUAAGAUUAUCUUAUUGUUUGAUCCAUACGAUGGUAAGACAAUGACACGCUGUGCUACCUUACAAGCAGACCUUGGUGACUUCACAGGAGCAACCAAGAUGUGGACUAACAUGCUGAAACUGCUCCGGGGGCAGGAAACUCCAUCUAAGGGCCCCAUGAUUGAGGCUUUAGUAGCACGAGCGUUGUGUCACUUCCACAUGGGCAAGCAAGAUUAUGCAACCACUGACCUGAUUGCUGCUGUGAACAUCGACGCAGACGUAGCAAAAACUGAAAUGUUGAAGAACUUCGCAAAAGAGCAACUGAAAGAAAUUGUGAGCUAUGUUGUUGGGCUUGCUAGGAAGAUGAGCAUUGAUGUAAGAAAGGAGAGCCAGACAGAUGCUGGUAACAGUGAUCAGGUCCGUGCUGCCCUACAGUUGUACAAACUUGUCCUAGCUCUGCAGCCAAACAACAGGAAAGUACUCCACGCUUGUGCAGAGUGCCACACGUUCUUAGGCGAGCACCAAGAAGCCGCAGACAUCUAUGAUACCAUGUUGCAGAACGACACGAGAACUGACACAUCCACGCUAUGCUCUAGAGCGCUUUCUAACCUGAAAGCAGGACAUCUUGACAUCGCCAUGUCAGAUCUAAACAUAGCCUUUGACAGAAAUCCGUCCUCCAUUGAUGCACUCUGUGCUCGAGCCUACUUCUUCCAACUGAAGGGACAAGAAGAUGACUUGAUGAAGGAUGUCUUGAAGGCAAGUCUUGCGUCUGUUAAAGACACAGCCGCAAGUCUGAAGAGAAUCCCUGUCCCUGAGCAAACACACUUGAAGGAAAUUGUCAUCAAAGGCUGUCAACGUCUUCUUCAAGCUGAUAGAGAGAACAGUGACGUAGCCGGAUUGUCAGUCAAGCGGGAGAGGACAGAAGCUGUUCUCCGGCUGACAGACCUGCUCCAGCUGCUGAGUCCAGGCACAGAGGGCGUUCACCUGCUGCGGGCCCACGCUCACAUGGAGCUCGGUAACCAACAGGAAGCCCAGAGGAUCUUACUGGACAAGGUCAAGUCCAACCCGCAGGACCCUGUGUCAUCUAUCCACCUGGCUCUGCUGAGGCUCCGACUGGGAAAAGUACAGGAGGCUGUGCAGGGAUGUAUCACUGUUCUGGAGACCAUUGGAGAGUCCACCUUCCAUGCAGCCCUGGAGGAUGUGCCAAAAGAAGACAGACAGCUGUUAUUGAGGAGUUCCCAACAGUACGGGUUCAGCUUGUUACAACAGUGUCAGGACCCUGCUGUCAUAAGUACUGCCAUCAGUGCUUUCACCAUUGCAACACUAGCAUCAGAUAUGAGAGACACCACCGCCCUGAUGGCUCGUGCAGAAUGCCACGCCCACCUCAGGAGUUACCAGGCAGCGGCACAGGACUACAGUAGAGUGCUCGACGUCCAGACUGAAUGUAGCACCGCAUUGUGUGCCCGGGGCUGCAUGAAUAUUGUCAUGAACAAGCAAAAGGAAGCGGUAGAAGAUUUCCUGGCAGCAUUGCGUAAAGACUUGGAGGCAGCGAGGACACAAAUCUUACUCCUACAGCAGCAGAUGCGCCUGUUACUGCUGUACUGGUUACAUCUGUAUGCUACGGACGCGAUGUCCCACGGACAACAUGGCGGCCGCCUGGAGGAUGCAGUGUUGAUUGGACACUUACUCAUCUCCAUCGAUGCUAAUGUUGCGGCAUGGCAAUUGUUGUAUGCAGAUGCUCUUAUCAUACAAGGUGACUUGGACCAGGCCUUUGUGCACCUGAAUCGUGUGCUACAGCUGACACCUGAUGACCGGUCAGUCCUGGCGCGCAGAGGGCUGAUCUAUGUGAAGAAGGGAAACCAUCAACUGGCCGCAUCAGAACUCUGUCCUCUGGCCGAGCUGGACUCUGAAGGCCUAGAGUUUGUUCUAAAGGCUUUAGACAAUGACCAAAAGGAAGCAUUGAUCAAGGUGUCCCUGAAGAAGGCUGAAGUGCUGACUGGACUGAAUGACCAUGAGCAGGCUCUGUGCUUCCUCACGCUGGCAGUGGCUGCAUCACAGAGUUCUAACGCAGACAUCCUACGUCAGCGUACAAAGUGUUUGAGUAGGUUACAACAGUACAACCAGGCCCUGCAUGAUAUCAACCUCGUCAUUAGAAUGAACAAUGCAAACAAAAAUGCAUCUCAGGUGAGUGACUACUGCUGGCGAGGCUAUAUCAACCUCCUUCGCAACAAGGAACAUCCUGCAGUGGUGGACUACAUACACGCAUUCAGAACUGACCGCCAGAAAACGGUCAGUUUGGUGACGUCACGUCCAGGGAAGAGUGCCCUCGCUCAGGUGUUUCACAGGUAUGCUGAGCACCAGUAUAAGAAAGGGAAGGCAGAGGACACUAUUGCUGUUUGUCAGUUGGGGCUACUGCUGGAUGGAACCAAUGAAAAUCUGCGAAGUUUGAAGAUGAAGGCCACAAGAGACCAGGCACAUGCACAGUGUACCAUUCUGUGACUAUCCACCAAUCACUGAAACAUGUUGUAAAACAUUCAAUGACCAUGAUAUUUGGACAUGUUCAAGAUGUUGUAAAACAGCUUACCACCUUAAAGGAUGUUUUAGACUUUAGCCUAUUCAAAGCUAUUACUGUGAGAAUAGUGUCACACAACAUUGUGUUAAAAAAUCUGUACUAUAGUUGGUUUGUCAUGUUAGAUAAUCAAUUGAACAUAGGUUUGCUAUAUAUACGAAACCCUUUUUACUUUCUACAUGUGUAUUUAGCAAUGCUUUCUGGCUUGUUUUCCAAUCCUUUGUUUAUUGUCUUUUAUUGUACUUAAUGGAAAGCGAUAAUCA